UCUCUCUGUCUCUCUGUCUCUGUCUCUGUCUCUGUCUCUCCUUCUUCGUUUUCCUCUUCAAGAACGUAGCCUUUUCGUGGUGGAAGCACCGACCUUUCCUCUUGCAUUUCGCCUGGUGCUCCUGCUUCACAGUCUGGCUCCGGUCGUGGAUCUCCAGGAACGGCACCCACUUGCGCUUUCUCGUUGAAUUUCUCUCUCUCUCUCUCUCUCUCUCUCUCUCGCUUCACUUGUUGGCGUCUUUCGUUCUGUUCCUUCCUUUUUUUCUCUCUUUCUGGGUUAUCUUGAACCUGCACUGUUCGUCUCUCGGCUUCGCGUUCACAGUUCCUCCUGGCCCCUGACAGCUACGUCCCAACAGAAGCCUCAAUAAUAUUGGCGUAGCGUGAGAGUGCACGGCUUGGUUUUUGCUUUCUCUCUCGCUUGCAACAAUUAGUAAAAGAGCGAGAGAGAUUGUGCGAGAGUGAGUGAGUGCGGAGGGUGGUUCAAGUGGUGUGGGACGGUGCAUUAAACAUCCCUGUGCGGUUGGUGCGGUCACGCGCUCUGAGGCCCGGAUCACAUGGAUUUAUCGGCGGCUUUGAUUUUCCUAUCGGCGGUCGUGGCGUAUCUGCUGUGGUUCAAGUUCAUCACCGCGUCCCUGAGCGGUCCGCGAGUCUGGCCCCUAUUGGGUAGCCUCCCGGGCCUCAUCAGGAAUGCAGGCUGCAUGCACGACUGGAUCGCCGACAACCUCCGGGCCGCCGGCGGGACGUACCAGACGUGCAUCAUCCCCAUCCCCCUCCUGGCGCGGAAGCAGGGCCUGGUGACGGUCACGUGCGAUCCCAAGAACCUGGAGCACGUCCUCAAGGCCCGGUUCGACAAUUACCCGAAGGGCCCCACGUGGCAGGCCGUGUUCCACGACCUGUUGGGCGACGGGAUCUUCAACUCCGAUGGCGACACAUGGAAGAACCAGCGCAAGACCGCUGCGCUUGAGUUCACCACCAGGACGCUCCGCCAGGCCAUGUCCCGGUGGGUGAGCCGGGCCAUCAAGCACCGGUUCUGCCCCAUCCUGAAGGAAGCUCAGCUUGAGGGCAGGUCGGUCGAUCUCCAGGACCUAAUGCUUCGGCUCACCUUCGACAACAUAUGCGGCUUGACCUUCGGCAAGGACCCGCAGACGCUGUCCCCUGGCCUCCCCGAGAAUGGCUUCGCGACCUCCUUCGACCGUGCCACCGAGGCCACGCUGCAGCGGUUCAUCCUGCCCGAGACCAUAUGGAAGUUCAAGAAGUGGCUCGGGCUUGGGAUGGAGGUCAGCCUGAGCCGCAGCCUGGAGCACAUCGAUGCCUAUUUGUCCGACAUCAUCAGCACCCGCAAGCAAGAGCUGGCGAGUCAGCAACAGGUCAGCAGCGGCAGCGGGCCCGAGCACGACGACCUGUUGUCCAGGUUCAUGAAGAAAAAGGAGUCCUAUUCGGACAAGUUCCUCCAGCACGUGGCACUCAAUUUCAUCCUAGCUGGGCGGGACACGUCAUCGGUCGCGCUAAGCUGGUUCUUCUGGUUGGUCAGUCGGAACCCGAGAGUGGAAGAGAAGAUCCUCAUCGAAAUCUGCACAGUCCUGCUGGACACACGUGGCAGCAACCCCGCCAAGUGGGCGGAGGAGCCGCUCGUGUUCGAGGAAGUCGAUCGGCUGAUUUAUCUUAAGGCAGCACUGUCAGAAACCUUAAGGCUCUAUCCGUCGGUGCCGGAGGACUCGAAGCAUGUCGUUGCUGACGAUGUCCUGCCAAGCGGGGUAUUUGUGCCGGCGGGCUCAUCGAUAACGUACUCAAUAUACUCAAUUGGACGGAUGGAGUUCAUCUGGGGACCCGAUUGUCUCGAAUUCAAGCCCGAGAGGUGGUUGUCUUCCGAUGGCAAGAGGACUGAAUUGCAAGACUCUUACAAAUUUGUGUCGUUCAAUGCAGGACCGAGGCUUUGCCUUGGGAAGGAUUUGGCCUAUCUGCAGAUGAAGUCGGUGGUGGCAGCUGUAUUGCUGCGCCACCAGCUAACGGUCGCGCCUGGUCACCGGGUCGAGCAAAAGAUGUCGUUGACAUUGUUCAUGAAGUACGGCCUAAAAAUGAACGUCCACCAGAGAGACCUGAGGCCUAUCUUGGCAAAGAUAACCAAGAACGAUGAUUGGUGUGGGAAAGCUGUUCUGAGCAAUGGGCAUUAUCAGGCGGCAGGCGAGGUCAAGAUGGUCAACGGGGUAGCUUAAUCCAUGGCAUUCUUUUUGUGGUUUUUGGCUCAUGCAUCUGGGAAUGCAAGUGCAAAUGACCAUGAAGUGUCUCAUAUGAUUGUCUUUUGUUGAUGUCUUUCAUAAAUAGCAGAUGGCUAGAUCUGUGCCGUCAUUACUUGAACAAAUAAAGCUGGUUCACCAUGUGGUUAUACGAGGAUAUGAAGGUUGAUGAUGGGAUGAUGAUCUCGUAUCUCGACAAAAUUUCGGAUAGUUUAAUAAUACUGUUGGAAGCUGAAUCCAUGGCGGAAGCAGAAGGAUGGUUUGGUUUUGCAGAAACUACUUUUCAGAACUCCGUAGGCUGAAGAAGAGCGCGGAGCGAAGAUCCAUUCUUGAUACUCAAAAUCAUCUGUGCAAGUCCUGGUCUAAUAUGUGUUUUUGAUCCUUCACCACGAUGGAUAUGAAGGAAAAUUUGCUGCGUCAAGGAUCAAAAUCAGCAGAUAUCGCCUGGCAUUUGGAAGAAAUGUGAAUCCAGACUGACGUCUGCAAAAAGAGUUCAUGAAUUUUGGCUCAUAGCAGGACACAUCUUUGUCAACAUACGACGUACGUCGGAGAGAAUCUAGUGGCUCAACUUCUGCUAUUAUUUUGGGAGGAAAUUGGGUUCACAGGAUUUGAGGGAGCUAUCCUAGUAUCUGCCUUUUCUGGGUACCAUCAAUGUCUUUUGGUUCACAAGCUCCUGUGUUGCAGACUCCGGUGUUGCCUUUAUUCAGGCAAGUCCUGGUCUGUGUUUUUGAUCUUUAACCAUGAUGGAUCUGAACGAAAAUUUGCUGCGUCAAGGAUCAAAAUCAGCAGAUAUCGCCUGGCAUUCAGAGGAAAAGUGAAUCCUACCUAAUGUCUGCAAAAAGAGUUCUGAAUUUUGGCUCAUAGCAGGGCACAUCUUUGUCAACAUAUGCUGUCAGACAGAAUUUAGCGGCUCAGCUUCUGCAAUAAUUUUAUGAGGAAAUUGGAUUCGCAGAAUUUGAGGGAGGUAUCCUAGUAUCUGCCUUUUCUGGGCACUGUCUUUGGCUUCACAAGCUCCUGUGUUGAAGACUCACCUGGUCCAUUUUUGGCAGCCAGACAUCUUCUCUGAUCUGUCUCACUCUCUACAAAAACAUUUAUUGAUUCUUGAUCUGUUUGUGCUUA